GAUUAUCAUACUCUGAAAGUGUUCUGAAUUAUGUAUUUGGUCAUAUUUUCAAAAAUAAACAUUGAUUUGAAAUUAUAAAUAUUUUUAGUUUUUAAAAAAAAUCCCGGACUCAAAGGGUUAAGGUUGUUCAUUCUAUUGUAUCUUCUAUGGUAAAUGUUCGUCAUAAACUUGACAUUCAACAUAAUCUUUAGUCAAUUCCCAUACCUAUGCAAGACUCAAAUCUGUAUCAUAUUUAAGAUUUAACGACAAAUCUACAUCAUCACUUUCGUUUCUUUUAUAAUUCAGAACUAUUUCAUUAACUUUUUAGUGUCUUCUAUGGCUUAUGUAUAAACUCGAUUGGUCAUUGUUUGAUGGUGGUGGAUCAAAAGUCUUUCGAUUUGAUAAAAAUAAUGAAAAAGUUGAAUUCUAUAAACAUGUGUCAUUUAAAGAAUCAAUUCAUGCAACUGAAAUAAAUAAUGUAACUCAUAUAAAUUUAUCACCAAGAAAACAAAUUGAUAUAAACGGUGAAAAAAAUUCGAUUUUAUUUGAUGAUGAUCAAAUAUUAUUAAAUACUGAUAAAUUUUAUUUAAAAAAUCAUUCUUCUAUUGAUUUUACAAAUUUACAAUCAUUCAAAUUUGAUAAUGAAAUCAAAACUCGUGUUCAUCUUGAUCGAUUAAGUUCUCAAUAUAUUCAUAAUAAAAAUUUAAAUCUAACUGCAACAAAUCAAUUAGCAAUAUUAAAUAUUACUCAUGCUUUUUUCUAUAGUCAAAAUUUAGUAUUAGAAGCGAAUAGACAUAAUCGUCGAUCAACACUUCGUUUUAGUAAUUAUCCAACACAAAAAAAAUUUUUUCAUCGUCAUCAUCAUCAAAAAAUUUCACAUGAAAAUAUGCAUUUCAAAAGUGAUUCUGUAUUUUUCAAUUUACCUCGAUUACCAUUAAUAGGCAAUACACAUCGCAGUGAAUCAGGCAUUUAUCGCAUAUGCAUUUGUAAUACAACAUUUUUAUUGUUACGCAGUUUUGCUCAUCAAGCAUGUCCUUUUUGUUAA